AUGCCACAGCAUGUUAGGGAUGUGGCCAUUGUCAGUUUCGUAGUUAAUCGCUGUCAGUGCUGGCCCAGUACUCACUGGUGUCUGCUGCUUUCUCAUCAACGGCGCCUUCACGUUCCGUCUAGACUGAUCGUGGAUCAACUUCAAUCACGUCGUGAUCGUCAAAAGCGAUCCCAUUGGGCAGCAGCUACAAAUGAUCUCCUGUCAGGAAACCUGUCAGAACAUUGCCACGUUGAUUUGCGGGGCGUCAACACCGCCACACUCAAAGCCAUCGCGGGAAUGAAUGGCGAUCCUAUUUCUGAAGACGGUAAACACGAGUCUAACCUUUCCGUUGUUGUUCAGGAUGACCAUUACGAUAGCGGUGAAGACAAAAAUGAGGAAAACGACAACCAGUCCAAUUCCGAAGCCGAAGAUGAAAUGGACUACAACGUCAAGAUGGCGAUUCAGCGGCGAGGCGAUGCGAAGGCUCCUGCAAAAACAGCGUGUCCGGAAGAGGUUAUGAAACCAGCAUCUGGUUUUAGAAGGCAGACAAAAGCGGCUGGAGAUGCGAGUGCAAGGAUGUUGCAUGGCGUCGAGGAUGGCAGCAAAGUUGCGAGGAAUUCGGUGGACGCAUUCCGCAUAAUCCGCCAACCGAUCACGACAGAAGCCGUGAUGAAGAAGAUCGAGGACAAUGACACCUUGGUCUUCGUUGUUGACCGGAGGGCGAAUAAGCCGGCAAUCAAGGCGGCUGCUGAGGAGAUUCGGGCUGAGGUAGCCGCGACACUUGGCGGUGGUGAUGAGGCUGACACAAAUCAGGCGUUCCGAGGAGAUGCGCAGUGCGAAGGUUGUAGUCGGACGCGGUUGGUGGUGAAGCAUCGCAUGCCGAGAAUGGAAAGAAGCAAGGAAGGCUUGAGUGUAGACACUUGCAUUAGGGCGUGGAACAGGGAAUCCACACGCCAUGCCACGCCACGCCACGUCACCUAUGUCGCACCGCAAGAUCGUCAGUUGUCAGUUCCAGGAAGGUCGUUAUUCGUGCGCACUCAACGUAGGGCUCACCAACCGCCGUUGAGGCCGGCAGCGAGGUUCUCAAACUGCACCGACGCCAACGAACCGCAUCGCCAAACUGCACACCGACUUGGCAUACUCAUAUCGUCGUGGCAAGGCCGAACAUUUCAUUCCGGCCAGUUGACAAGGGACAUCACUGAAUGCAGUCGGGCAAUCGCACAAGCUUUACUCCCUGCGCCUGACUGUGACACAUUCGGUCACUACGCCUCCCUGUACUUGAAUUCAACGAGUCUCUGCGUCGUGUCGAGUGACAGACUGUCCCAACGUUGGGCGCCACCUGCUUUUAACGGGCGUGUUCUCAUCCCUCUUAUCCGUGGUCAGUAA